AUGCCACUGUCACGUGCGUCGGAAGAGUCGACGGCGCGUGGGAUUGAGGAUGACAGCGAAGUAGAGGUGGAGGGAGGUGCCUCCUCGCAGGGCACGUUGCUGUCCGCUGAGGACGAGCGGGAGAAUUGCCCGGGCAGACGGCCGUCCGAAAGAGGUGACUGCAGCCCAGGAGACAGCAACAGGCAGUGGUGCGUCAGCCCUCCAGACCAGCGCGGCACCGUGCAGCGUUCCUGCAGCUCUGGUGACGAGUGCAAGUUAAUCUACAGAACCUGUUCGCAGACUUUGGUAAGC